UGAAUCCGUGAUUCCUUAUCCCGCGUGGGCGUAUCCGCAAAAAAGUCCCCACGGUUUUCAAUGGCUUCCCCGCCGUGUCUCCUCUUCCGCCCCAGCCCGCCGCUGUGCAGCCGGCGCCGCCGCAGUAGGCCCCCCUCCCCCUACCUCCUUUCCAAGCAAAGCCUUCACCGACUUCCCUCACCAAGAACAUGCCGCCGUCCAGUGGUGGCGGCAGUGGCAAAGCAGCUCGUGCCGCGGCCGCCAGGUACCGGCCGGCGGACGGGGGCGACGGGCUUCGCCUGUCACUGUUCCUACGACACCAAGAACGGACUGCCCACGCCUCCACCGGAUAAGGGAAAAAGCUCGGAUGAGUGGCCAGUCCUUCGCAGGUGGGAUGUUCCGUGGGAGUGGCCAACGAUUUCCCUCACCAUGGUGGCAUGUGCAGUAAGCUUUCUUUUGACAGGGAUGGUUGAGCAAUUUAUUUUGGAGCAACUAGGUUUUCAAGCUGGGGGGACAACUCUAGAUGAGAAGGCAGAAAUUCUCUUCUUGGGACAACUUAGCACGACAGUAGUUGUACUUGGAGUUAUAUUUGGCAUCACCGGUACAUUUCGACCAUUCUCAGAUGAUAUAUUUCGCUAUGAAUUCAAGGAACCAUUUAAGCUGCAAAACGGUUGGCUUCUGUGGUCUGGAAUCGGCCUAUUUGUUGCAGUAGUGGCUAUUGCUUUAGCAGGUGCUGCAAUGACAUUUGUGAACGGUGAAACACCACAGAGAGAGACGGACUCGCUGGUCCUUUUGUUGCCGCUGAUUGGCUCAUCAAACGUUAGCACUGCCUGUUUGCUGGGCAUCACUGGGAUUUUGGCACCCAUUCUGGAGGAAACUGUGUUUCGAGGAUUUCUUAUGGUAUCCCUGACUAUGUGGUUCUCUACUCCAUAUGCUGUGCUUAUCACUGCUGCAAUGUUUGCCUUUGCUCAUCUUACACCAGGAGAAUUCCCACAGCUUUUUGUGCUUGGUGUUGUCUUAGGAUUUUCAUAUGCUCAAACCCGCAAUCUUCUAACUCCUAUUGCCAUACAUGCUGUCUGGAACUCUGGAGUAAUAUUGUUGCUAACCUUUCUUCAGAUGCAAGGGUAUGAUAUCAGGGAGAUUUUGCAGGCAUCUUGAAGAUUUAACUUGGUUAGAUUGAUUUCGUCCUGUGCUUUCUUGUAUCAGAGUAUGUCAUUAUCAAAUACACAAUGAUAGAUAACCCUUUGCUUAACUGGGUGUAUUUAGAUUUGAUGCAUAGCAUCUAAUUAAAAACUUUUUUUUUCUUAAAGUGUGUUAAUAUUUUACUGUGUUAUGAAGUCGAAAUUUAGAGCUCUAGAAGAAAUCAUGCUAUGUAUAAUCAUUUGUUUAAGGCAAUUAAAUAACAGAAGCCAGUUCUGUGAUAAUUGUUUAUACUUUAUGACAGGCAUAUAAUUCUAGUUCUAGUA